AGCCAAUGCGGGUUCUAGAAACUGGUCGGCUGCUUGUUUGUUACAUUGUAGCAGCAGUCGGCGGGUGGUUACAUUGUUCCGGAAACUGACCAGCGGUUACAUUGUAUCCGAGAUUGACAAGCGGUUACAUUGUUUCGGAGAUUGACAAGCGGUUACAUUGUUUCGGAGAUUGACAAGCGGUUACGUUGUAUCCGCGGCAGCUACACUGUAUCGAGUAGGCGAGUCCAUUACAAAUUCAGCAGCCACGAACGAUGUCCGGCAGAGGUAAGACCGGCGGUAAGGCACGGGCCAAAGCCAAGUCCCGAUCUUCUCGGGCCGGCUUGCAGUUCCCGGUCGGCCGCGUCCACCGCCUGCUGCGGAAAGGCAACUACGCCGAGCGAGUGGGAGCCGGGGCACCGGUGUACCUGGCGGCCGUGCUCGAGUAUCUGUCGGCUGAGAUCCUGGAGUUGGCCGGCAACGCGGCCCGGGACAAUAAGAAGACGAGGAUCAUCCCCCGCCACCUCCAGCUGGCCAUCAGGAACGACGAGGAGCUCAACAAGCUGCUGGGAGGGGUGACCAUCGCGCAGGGAGGCGUGCUGCCCAAUAUCCAGGCCGUGUUGUUACCCAAGAAAACGCAGACUUCUAAAAAAUGAGGCAAAACAGGCGGGUUUUGUUUUGCGAAUAAUUUUUGAGCAUCUGAUUUUUUUGUGUGGGGGGGGGGUGGGGAAUUAUUAGGGGAAAAUGUGUAAGUCCAACUAAUUCGUCACAGACCCCAGUCUCGCUGCCCUUUGAUUUCAAUCAUUUCAUUGUAGCCUUGAUGUGCCCAAGAUCGUGAAAGCUGGAGAGGAAAAAUGACACAAAGGACUUGUUGCCGGAAAAUCCGUCCUCGGAGUCACCCGAUCGUGUGUCUCUGUGUGUGAGUGCGUGUGUUUAUCUUUUGUGUUUUGGACUUUUAAGUCGCAGGGAGUGCUUCAGACACGUUUACUUUUGUUUAGGUUAAACAGGGCGUCGCGUUUCCCUGAGAAACUGUUCAACAUUAUUUUUCGCUGUGUGCUUCAUUUUCGCUCGGGAAGUUGCCCGUGACCCCGAGGAUGGCGAGAGGACGCGGCGUGUGAAAGUUCACUUUCCUCCGCCAUCCUUUAGUUUGUCCUUUUUUUUUGGGGGGGGGGGGGGUGUUGACAAUUUUAAUGCUUAAUGAGAUCUGUUAUCCCUGAUUUUUAUUUAACAUAGGGAUUGAGAUGUUGUAUCUGUAGAUUUAGCACUUCAAUCGCAUUGUUUGAGCACUUUUUUUCUGUGGGGGAAUAAUUGAAAUAAAAUUACUGAACGUU